UUUCUUCAAACAACGAUGGCGUCGAGAAGAACAACAACUGUGCCAAGUAGUUUUAAAAAUCCCACCACCGACACGAAAAGCUCUAAGAGUGGGAAUAACGUUAAUAAAGCUAACAACAGCGGAAACGGGAAGAAAACCGUUAAAUCAAGUGGGACUAUUGUCAAGUCCCGGUACAUGCAGUCAGCUGAGAAGACAUCUCUCUCAAAGAGUAACUCAUUAACCAAUGAGUCUAUUGCUGUACCACUGAGACCCUCCUCACCUAAACCCACUGGUGUCAGACCAAAGGUGGGCACCCCCCCAAGACGAUCUGUGGCACCGCAGGCUCUUGCGACAUCAAUAAUGGCACGGGAAAAUGAUCCAUCACUUCUUGGGAGAAGUGUUUUACAGUCCACUUUCUCACAUGGACACUGCUUUCGCCCAGAGUUUGACAUUUCAGUGAUUAAAGAGAAAACUGUUGGAAAUGCAGUAGAACCAGAGAGAAACCCAGAAGGUGACAAAGGAGUCAUUGAGAUGCAAACUUUCUUGCUGGCAUACCUCACAGCCAAGAUGGAGAGCAAUACUGCGAAGAUGAGGGCUGAGGCAGAGGCAAAGAUACUGCAAGAGAUGGAAGAGGAGGAAGCGCUUUAUAAUGAGGUCCAGGAGAAGAAGCGCCAGUAUCUGCUCUUGGAGAAGGACAAGCUCGCAAAUGAGCUGCUGGAUUUGCAGAUUGCUGCACUGACUCCUGUGGCAGAAGCUGCCAAGCAGUUCACAAAGGAAUACAAGUCUUUUGCCUCAGCCAUCGACACCACUCGACAUGCGUUACCUGUCAAGAAUUUCUACAUUGAAGGAGACAGAAGGGAAUUUCUAGAUAAAGCAGAGUCUUGCCUCAAGGAGAGUGAGAAGCUACUGAGGGAGUGCACAGAUGGUGAUCAUCAAAAUAACAGUUCAUCUCUUGAGUGCCUUAGGAACAUGAAAAUGGCUUCAAAGGACAUCAGUCAGCAGCUAUCAGGGACGUUUUCGGAGCUGCUGGAGUUGUCAUCGUUGAUCUGCCGUCAGACAAUCCACAUCCAGCAGGCGGCAGAGGAAGAGCAGUUGGGUACUAGCAGGACUCGCAAACUCUACUGCCCCAAAGAGUGAAAGGCACCACACAAAAAGGAAUAUACAGUACAUGCACUUUGAACACAGACCUCUGUCCCUUCUAUUUCCUUAUUUGUCUUGAAUGUGGUUUACUGUCAUGUUUUGUUUGUUUAUUUGUUUUUUCCAGCAGCUUUUUAGAAAUGUAGAUAUAGAGUAUUGACUGUUUUAUUGCUGCAUUUUGUUAAUAAAUGGACAAAAAACAGAAAAAUCUGGAGGAAAUAUUCAAUAUGUACAUUUCUGUGCAAAUAUAUAGUACCACCACGUUAUGCUGAAUAAAGUUCUAAAAAGAA